AUGGGACCACGUCCAGCAUUUGAAACAGGACAACGUACAUAUCCUCAAGAAAUUUCCAUUGUCAGCUUGCACGUGUGGAGUGAAAGUGAGGACUGCUUACCUUUUCUGCAGCUGGCACAGGACUACAUCUCUUCCUGUGGGAAAAAGACACUUCAUGAAAUACUGGAAAAAGUCUUCAAAUCAUUCAGACCAUUACUGGGGCUUCCAGAUGUUGAUGAUGAUGCAUUUGAAGAAUAUAAUGCAGAUGUGGAAGAGGAGGAACCAGAAGCUGAUCAUCAGCAGAUGGGUGUCAGUCAACAGUAAUUUUCUGAGGAAUUAAAAAAGCUUAAUCCCUUGAUACCAGGUGGGGGGUCAUGUGACCUCAUAUUAGCAUUUUGAAUUAGCACAUCACACUGGGAAAUCCCAGUUUAAGAAACAAGGAAAAAAAAGAAAGGAAAAGAUAAUAAAUAUAAAUAAAUCUGUGAUGAGCUUUGCUAAGAAGUGACCUGAAUUUUGCUCCUGCUUCAGUGGGGUUUCUAUGGAGUUGUCUUGGUAGCAUUCUGCCAUUAUUAAUUUAGAAGUAGUUUUGUCGCUGACUGUCUCUUUGAUUUGUAUUUGAGAAUAACAUUCACUGACAUGAAUGUAGAGUACUUUGAAUGUAGGAACUGUUUGGUUAGUGUAUUAAGUACUCACAUGUGACCUUACUGAGGAAAAUUAAAGCAGAGAGUAAAUGCAAUCUGCACUUUUAUUUUUAAUUCAAUUUUUUUUUACUAUACUACCAGACAGAGUACCAAACUGUGAGAGAUUUUCCCUAUAAAACACUAGUUUAAUAGUGGUUGAUAUUGCGGAAAUGCACAUAAAGUUUAAACAAAAAAAUAGGUAGAGGGGAAAAUCCAUGUAAAUGCUUUUGUGGCAUAUUUUAAUGUUCUCUUAACAAACACCUGAAUUUACUGGUGUGGGGUUAAUCACUGGGCAUAAUUAGGACUCUUGUCUCACCACAACAUAUUAGGAUACACAUUGGUACUUUGAUGCCACCAGUUCCAAAAGCCAUUGCAUAUUUUGUUCCCACAUGAAAAUCAACUUUCAGUUUCACCAUUUUUAAUAAAAUGACAACUUAUUCAAAUCUUACAGCUUCCUGAAUUAAAGUGCAACUUAACUUUGAAGCCAUAAUGGUAUAAGCCAGCACCUGGCUAUUUAAAUUAUGACAGAAUCUUUCCGAGCAUUGGAUCUCUUGCUGCAGUGUUUUGCAAGCUAUUUAUACCUGCUCAAAAUGAAUGCAAAAUACUAGUAAACCAGAAUGGUAGGGCCUGAUUUUCAUUCUCAACAAGGGCACUUUAUAUCCCAUCAGCUGUGGAAAGGGACCUCACAGAGAGUGUAAAAUGUUACUUGUUAAGGCCCCUUUAUAUUGUAAGGAGUAAGCCCUCAGCUGAUACAUGUAGCCUAUGAAACCAAGAUGAUUUGUACCAGCUGAGGAUCUGUUCCACAGAGUGGGGUAAAGGGCUCUUAAUAUACAUGGGAAUAAGGCCAAUAGUAUUUUACACCUGCUUUGCACAGAUGGAAACAACUGUGUGUGAAAGUCAGACAGUAAAGACCCAAGGCCACUUUAUUUACUUGCCUUUUAUUCAGAAAAUGUAAGAAGAAAAGGGAUUCUCUUGUACUGAAGCUAUUUUCCACAAUCAAACAUAAUAUUUCUACAUUAUUCCUCUUAGCCAAUUAAAAAAGAAAAACCCCAAUCCAUGAAAUGCAGGUCUCAAACGUUAAAGCCAUUUGAUACAGAAUUCACAUGAUAAAAAUGGAAAGUGAAUGAAGAGAAAGUAUUUAAAUAACUCCCAGAAAUGGCUGACACCAUUUUGAAAACACUGUUAUUAACAUUAUCACCUUUGGAAUGGGUUUUUAAAGGCAGUUGUUUUAAAGAUUAGCUAAGGAAUUUAUUUUCUUGGCAAUUUGCAUUUCUGAUGAUGGCUUAGGGGAUGCCUAGCACUUGAUUUUUCUAACUGAAGCAAAACUUUCUGUAACCAAGAGGGAAAGUGAUAUUUGAAUAUGCACAGAUAUGUCUGCAACACUGUAAAUGUUUAGGAAAAUUGAAAAGUAGAAAAGAAAACUCAAUGAAGCUUUGUACAUUCUCUUGGCAUGCAGGCAUAAACAUGAUAGUCGCAACACAUUUUCUAUGGACAAGUGACGUGAGAACUGUGGCAGUUCAUUGUAUAACACUGUACAGCAGUAAUAGGCUUUUUGCUUACCAAAAUAAAGCAUAAUACCAGUGGUUUCCAUUCCCUUCUUUAAGUACCCAAGUUUUUCUUUCCUCUGCAUCUACAAGACAUGUUAUGAAUUGUAAGCAGAGACUUUCUUAAGAGGAGGUAUCUGGAGGGGGAGAUUCCAUCCUUUGAUUGCAGCCCAUACAAAUAGACCCCUUGGGCCUGAUCCUCCCUUGUGUUGCACACAGCUCAAUCCAUAAUUGAUACUGGUGCAAGGUAGGGAUAACAUGCUGCUCUGACUGCAAAUGGGUGGCCACAGGUAUAAAUGAUUAUGUGGACAGGGUCUGAACCUCAUUUACACUGCAUCCUCUUUGCACCGUUGUGGCAGUAUGAAGGGGCCUUAAAGUGGGUGAAGGUGUCAUUUGAAUGGGCCUCAAUGAACUGGGCCCUUAAAGGUCAAGGCAGUCAAGAAUCGGGCCUUUUGACUACAUUGUGACUUUUAAUAAAUGUGUAAAGGAUGGAGGAUUCUUAAUACAUCCAAAGGACUUCUAAUACACACUGCACUUUGGUACCAGGGUAUAUCAGGCCCUGUGCUCUAAGGAGAUGAACACCCUUAUUGCCAAUUGACAUUGCUGAGAGCUGGAAGUGUUGAGCCCAUUGCUAAUCUGGCCACUACCAUGCUCCAUUUAAAAUUAACUGGAAUUUUAUACGUAGAAAAUACAGUAUAAUUUUACAUGUGUAUUAAAUCAGAAAAAGCAUUAAUAUAGAAUGUAUUUUAUCAAGAAGUAUGAGUUGCUUGGACUUGGGACCAAAUACAUUUCUGCAUCUUCAUGUUAUUGCUCUGUAUUUAUCAAACAAUUGAAGAAAUGCUGAAUGAGUUAGUGGAACUGCAAUGAUUCUAGCUUCCUCCCAUCAUUUCCACCAAAUGGGUUAGAAUGAUUAGCCACUUGCUCAGUAGCAAGGGCCAGUAGCUUGAAUGCCAGGCUGAGCCCCUAAAGCAGCAAACAUGCGUCUAAAUGCUGGCAGGGUUGAGCUGUAGAGCUUUCUCUUAUAAAUUCUGUAAUUGUGGGGUUGGGAUUUUCAUGUCAGCCUAGAGGAGUUAUGCAUUUGGAGCCCUCUGAAAGGCAAUGGAAGAUGUGUGCCUUACUCCCAAAGACUCCUCUGAAAAUCCUGAUCUUAACUUUUCUCUGUUUCAGUUUUUCUCUCUAUAAAAUAGGGCUGAUGAUGCUAUUUAAAGUGCUUUUAGAUCUAUGGAUGAAAAGUGAGAAGUGUUAUUUGCCUUUUUUACCUUCAAGCAAAAUGUUGGUGAAAGGACAGGGUAGGGGGAGGAGUCUUUUUCAUCCACGUUUCAGGUUAUAAAUAAAUAUAAAUAUACCAGAGAAGAGGCUUUUGCAGAGCUGGCUUGUCUGAAUGUGAGUUACACUAAUGCACUCAUCAGAUUGCUGCUCGGGGGAAUUCGGAAAUAGGUGGAAUGUCAGAAAAGAAGUGAAAUGAUUUUGUAGAUGUUAAGAACCGUUCUUGGUGGAAGGAUGGAAUGAAGGGGCAAAAGAGUUAAAAGGCACCUUUCAGAAAGCUGCCAGGAUUUGAGAGAAGUUCCAAAUAUCUGCUAUUGCAUCCAUGCAGUUCAUAAAUGAACUGCUACAAGGUCAUAGGGUUUCAAGGUCAGGAGUGUAUGUCUAUAUAGGUUAACAUAAACAUGGUUGGUAAAGGUCUUGACGUGGCAGGGGAAAGAAGGGGUGAGGAAAAUAUUAGCUAAGAGGCCUUCUAUUUUUUCCUUGGCAUUCACAUGACUUGUAUUGUGGUUGCGCCUAGGGAUCCUAGGCCAAGAUCCCAUUGUGUGAGGCACAGUACAAGCACAGAACAAAGAGAGCCCAAGAAGCUUGUUCUUGAUGUAGUCAACUCAUUUUGGAGUCCAAGUAAGUUAUGCUGAUUGUUCCCUAGCACAUAGAAGAGGAGUAUCACACACCAGAUCACAGUGUUGUGAUUGAUGGCACCGAUAUCACAGGACUGCACGUUCUGGCUGUAUGCCUUGUCCUAUGCUAUUUCUUGACUAGUUCCCCCCCUUAGAGAGGCUCUGUGCCUAUGAAAUCUGUUGAAAACAAUUGCACCAAGUUUCCCUUUAUCAGUGUCCUGAACCCAAAUUAUUGUGAUUUUACAUUGUACUGUAGAGUAGGGAGGCUAUACAAGUCAGACCUGGGAGAACCAGGUUUUGCAGUGGAUCUACUUGCAAAAUGCCCAGCCUAACUUAUAGUUGCCUUUUAGGAAGGUAUGUACACAGUACAUCUGUGUGAAAGGGUCUAUUACAGUAAGAGUAACCUGCAGAUUGUUGUAUUUUUACAGAAGUUUCUUUGAAAAGCUGCUAUUUGGAACAUGCAUUCUCAAGCUUUUUCAAUAGAGAAUAUUUCUGUUAAUGUUUUACUAGGGCCUAGGACUGAAAUGCACUGGUCAAGGUUUGAGCAAAAGUGAUUGGUGGUUUUGGGUUCCCAAUCCAAGACAUCUUGACAGGAGCCUGGUUUCCAGGAAGUGCAGAAUAUAUGCCCCCUCUGAAAAAGCAAGUCCGUUUAGGGUGUUCCAGGUUGAGUCCCGAAAAAAUGAAGGUGUCCAUAAUCACUGGAAAAUGGUGCCUAGCCCAAGGUGCCAGCUCAGGAUUGGCCACUUCAGCAACGUAGGACACGGAACAGGAAAGUACCUCCUUGGAUAUAAUAGCUGUAUACCCCUUUCUGAAGUUUGCUGAGAAAAAAGGAGUGCUUUAAUUAUUUAUUUAAUUGAGGGCAGUGCCCUGUUCUUCCAACCCAUUCCUGCAGUAGUUUGGAAAAGACCCUUCUAAUUACUAAGCAAGAGAGACUGAAGCAAUUUAAAUCCUAAUCCUGUGAAGGCAUACCUAUGCUGUCUCUGGACUGAAUUGGGAAGUGCCACAAUGAAGCCUGGCACACCCACUCCAUGUGUGCUGCACUCUGUAACAGAUGUAGUGUAGCUGCCUUAGAGCAUCUGCCUCUGGCAUGCUUGUUGGCUGUAUUGCAUCUGUCCUUUUCCUAAGGGUGGAUAUUAAAUCAAAGCAAUUGAGGCAUUCAGCUUGUUUUCCCUAAAGUUGCAUAGUACUAGAACUCUAGUGUCUAGUGCUCAAUGACACCAGAACCUGACCUUUUGGAUUUUUACCCGAUGUACUUUGACUUUGAUGAAAUUGCAUUGUUGGCACCUGAUGUCUAUGGCAAGUGUGCACUGUACACAUUAGGAGAGUAUCUGAUUGCCAGCUGUACCCACAGUGACCAGGUCAUUGUGCCAAAUAAUCACUCAAAUGGACUAGAUUUGCCUUUUCCCCCAUUGCCAAUUUUAUCAUUUUUAAAGCAGGGGUGAGCAAAAUGUGGCCUGCGGGCUGGAUGUGGCUUGCCAGGCCAUUCUAUCUGGCCCAUGGGGCCCCUAAAAAAUUUAGAAAAUUAAUAUUUAUCUGCCCCUGGCUGCCUGUCAUGCAGCCCUCAAUGACUUGCCAAAACUGAGUAAGUGGCCCUCCACCCAAAAUAAUUGCCUGCCCCUGCUUUAAAUGGUGCAUUGCCUAAGGGCACAUCUGCAUUAUCACAGAUCUUAGUUUAUGUAAAGCUAUGGAGUACUGCAUUGUCCAUACAAGCUCAGUCAUAAGCAAAACAAAAAGAAUGUGUCCAUUUGUCUGCAGAAAAAUGUCUUCAAGUUAGCUAAUACUGGCUAUAGGAACGCUUACCCCACUUUCAUAUAAAAUACUUAGAGCUUUUGAAGUUCUCUUUCUGUACUGACAUGCUGUUGUCUCCAUAGACAAAGAUGUGUGAUAAACAUUACAUGUAAAAGGAUGCUACUUUUGUCUUCAGGGGGUGGGGAAAUGCUAAAUCUGGACUUCAGUCUAAACACAUUUUUUUGUUGUCAAAUUUUACUUUCUUAAUGCAGGGAACAAUCCAGCGAGCAAUUUGUCAAGUAGGAAGAACUUUAAGUUGUCAUUUUUGCCAUACAACCCCCCCCCUGUUUUUAGUGUGGUUUUCAUAAUUUUCUUGCUGAAAGGUCUGUCUCUUUCUCUGUGACUACAAAGCUGUGAAAUGGGUUGCCAAAAGAUGUUGCCCUUUGUAAAAUGCUUUAAAAGGUGUGAACUUUCAAUGGAACCCUGUCCAUUCUUCCAUUCCUACUUACUGUCCCCCAGCACAGAGAAAUCAAAUCCAACAGUGUAGUUAAACCGUAAGCUUGCCAUUAAAGAGCUUGCCAAAC